CCUGUGCUGGUGGCGGACCUUUGGUCACCCGGUUGAGAUGGAGCAAAGUUUAUUAAAACGACGGAAAGCUGUGCACAGAUCCCGUUAAAACUGACAUCUAGAAGCAUUCCCCGAGAUCAUAACACGAUUUGAGCUGCGAAUGCUUUUGAUGGCCACAAGAUGAAGGCUCAACUUCAGAUAACAGUUCUGUCCGCUAAGCUGCGGGAGAAUAAGAAGAACUGGUUUGGGCCCAGUCCUUAUGUGGAGGUGUUUGUGGACGGACAGUCGAAGAAGACGGAGAAAUGCACCAACACUCAUAGUCCCAAAUGGAAACAGUCUCUCACUGUGAUCGUCACUCCUUUCAGCAAGCUAAUUUUCCGUGUUUGGAGCCACCAGACACUAAAAGCGGACAUUUUGCUUGGCGUGGCCAGUCUGGAGGUCAGCGAGACCUUAAAAGCCAACAAUAUGAAAAUCUGUGAGGUGGUGCAGACGCUGCAGUUGAGCUCAGACAGAGGGCGCUCGGAGCAGGUUGGAGAUCUGUCUGUGUGUCUGGAUGGACUUCAGGUGGAUGCCGAGACUUUCGCUACAGAGGAACAAAAGCACAAUGCUGUUGUUAAUGGAGGAUCCAGACUGAACGGGGAUGCUGUAAGAAGUCGAGACUCUUCUCCAUCCAGUGACAUCACUGAUGAUGCGCCAUUGCCCAAUGGUCAUGCAGUGGGAAGCUCCGUCUCUGCAUCUCCAUCCACUGGGGCUCUGAGAGCACCGCGUCCCCUUCGACCCCAGAGACCACCGCCUGCCUCACCACAUAAACAUACUUCCUCCACAGCAUCCUCUACUGGCUCAACUCCCACUCACGGCAGCAGCGCUCCCAGUCCAGAGAUGUCUCCACGAGUGUGUGCGAACGGAGAAACUGAGAGUCAAGGGUCAAGCUCGGGUUCUGGCUCAAAUCAGGCACCCAGAGCCAGUCCAACACCACCCAGAGCUCCAGCCAUCACCGACGGCCCUCUUCCUCCGGGCUGGGAGCAGAGAGUGGAUCAGAAUGGACGUGUUUACUAUGUGGAUCACAUCGAGAAAAGAACCACAUGGGAAAGACCUGAACCACUGCCACCAGGUUGGGAGCGUCGUUUAGACCCAAUGGGCCGUGUGUAUUAUGUGGAUCAUAUAAACAGAACCACCACAUGGCAGAGACCUACGCUAGAGUCGGUGCGCAACUAUGAGGAAUGGCAGAACCAGCGCAGUCAACUUCAGGGAGCCAUGCAGCGCUUCAACCAGAGGUUCAUCUAUGGCCUGCAGGAACAGCUCGCACCGACAGCUAAUAAAGAGUUUGACCCUCUGGGGCCGCUGCCGUCGGGAUGGGAGAAACGGACAGACAGUAAUAGGAGGAUGUAUUUUGUUCACCAUCCUACAAGAUCCACACAAUGGGAAGACCCUCGCACACAAGGGUUGCUAAAUGAGAAGCCAUUGCCGGAAGGUUGGGAAAUGAGGUUUACAGUGGAUGGGAUUCCCUAUUUCGUUGAUCACAACAGGAGAACUACAACAUACAUUGACCCCCGUACAGGAAAAUCCUCGCUGGAGAACGGCCCUCAGAUCACAUACGUACGAGAUUUUAAAGCCAAAGUGCACUAUUUCCGCUUCUGGUGUCAGCAGUUAUCAAUGCCUCAACACAUCAAAAUCCAUGUAAGUCGCAAAACGCUGUUUGAGGACUCAUUUCAGCAGAUUAUGGGUUGCCAUCCUCAAGAUCUGAGGCGGAGACUGUGGAUUAUUUUCCCAGGGGAGGAGGGGCUUGACUAUGGAGGCGUGGCCAGGGAAUGGUUUUUCCUGCUCUCACAUGAGGUCCUGAACCCCAUGUACUGUCUGUUUGAGUACGCCGGCAAAGAUAACUACUGCCUACAGAUUAACCCAGCAUCCUCCAUCAACCCAGACCACCUGAAAUACUUUAAGUUCAUCGGCCGCUUCAUUGCUAUGGCUUUGUUUCAUGGGAAGUUCAUCGACACCGGCUUCUCUUUGCCCUUUUAUAAGCGCAUCCUGAACAAACCUUUAGCUCUGAAAGACCUGGAGUCCAUCGACCCAGAGUUUUACAACUCUCUCAUCUGGAUCAAGGAUAAUAAUAUCGAGGAGUGUGGCUUGGAGAUGUUUUUUUCCGUGGAUAAGGAGAUUCUGGGAGAGGUUACAACUCAUGAACUCAAACCUGAUGGAGGAAACAUUCAGGUCACUGAGGAAAAUAAAGAGGAGUAUAUCAGGUUGGUUGCUGAAUGGAGGUUGUCCAGAGGUGUCGAGGAGCAAACUCAGGCGUUCCUCGAGGGCUUUAAUGAUGUCCUGCCUCAGCAGUAUCUGCAAUACUUUGACGCCAAAGAACUGGAGGUUAUGCUGUGUGGGAUGCAGGAGAUCGAUCUGGGCGACUGGCAGAGGAACAGCAUCUACAGACACUACGCUCGCAGCAGCAAACAGAUCGUCUGGUUCUGGCAGUUUGUGAAGGAGAUGGACAAUGAGAAGCGCAUGCGUCUGCUGCAGUUUGUGACCGGCACAUGCAGACUUCCUGUUGGCGGAUUCGCUGAUCUUAUGGGCAGCAACGGACCGCAAAAGUUUUGUAUUGAAAAAGUGGGAAAAGAGAACUGGCUGCCAAGGAGCCACACAUGCUUUAACCGUCUAGACCUGCCGCCCUAUAAAAGCUACGAACAGUUAAAGGAGAAGCUGCUCUUCGCCAUCGAGGAAACAGAAGGUUUCGGUCAGGAGUAACGCAUGAAAGCAUCAGCUCAUGACCACCAUCAUAUCAGAAGCUGCUACCGCUAAACCGAGAGCGAGAGCUCAACAGUGUUUUACUGGACGCUCUCCUCAUCUCUCAGCUUUCUGUUUCUCUGAUUUUCUUGCCAUUCUGAUUUUAUACUGCCUUAGUUAAAGAUCUGCGAUGAAACACACACACUUCAGCUCGCUCUAUGCACAAAACCGCGUCUCAACAUGCAACAAACUCUCUCCUUUUGCUUUUUUUCUUGAACUUUGAGUUCGCAUGUCGGAUUGAGUCUCCUCUGUGGUGUGUUUAUAUGAGGAUGAGCUCAUGCUUAAAAAUGAGCCCUUUUAAGACAGAGAAAGAAGUAGGAUGGGUUGCACUUUAUUAGUAAAACACACACACAAGCGUAAUAUGCAACAGGUCAGACUUCAGCUCACAAUCCAAAGAAGUUACUGACGUACUUAAUGAUUGCAUGGUGAAAAAAAUGAAGCCUGUUUCACAUUUUACAUUAAAACUUGACAUUAUAAUGCAGGGAAAUGCUUUUUUACUUCGAGUUUUUGUCUUGUUUCUUGUUUAAAUGUCCAAAAAGUCUUAAAUUAAGUCUAGUUUCUUGUUUAAAUGUCCAAAAAGUCUUAAAUUAAGUCUAGUUUCUUGUUUAA